AUCAGAAGCGCCAAAUGAGCAAGUCCCCUAAUCACCUACCCCGACAGUCCCCUCCUUCUAAUUCACCAUGUCUGACACCCGCCAAUACCUAAACCGAUACCGCCAACUCGCCCCGACAGCCUCAGUGCGAGUAUCGCCGAUAUGCCUCGGAACAAUGACGUUCGGCACGGUGCUCAAAGAGCGAUACGGCGAAUGCAGCAAAGAAAGCGCAUUUGAAAUCCUCGACUACUUCUACGGCCAGGGCGGCAACUUCAUUGACACCGCGAACGGGUACCGUGCCGAGCAGUCAGAGAUCUGGCUGGGCGAAUGGCUCACGGCCCGAAACAACCGCGACGAGAUGGUGAUCGCAACCAAGUACACGACAGGCUACCAGGGACACCAUAAGGACCGGAUCCAGGCGAACUACGGCGGCAACGGAGCCAAGUCCAUGCGGCUGUCGCUGGACGCCUCGCUCCGCAAGCUGCAGACCACCUACAUCGACCUCUUCUACGUGCACUGGUGGGACUACACGGUCUCCAUCCCCGAGCUGAUGCAUAGCCUCAACGACCUCGUCGUCGCAGGGAAGGUGCUCUACCUCGGUAUCUCGGAUACCCCGGCCUGGGUCGUCACCAAGGCGAACCAGUAUGCCCGGGACCACGGACUGCGGCAGUUCAGCGUGUACCAGGGGUGGUGGAGUGCGUCGAUACGUGAUUUCGAGAGGGACAUCAUCCCGAUGUGUCGGGACGAAGGCAUGGGUCUUUCUCCGUACGGCGUCCUGAACCAGGGCCGGUUCCAGACGGAGGCGGGCUUCGCGGAGCGAGAGAAGAAGAGCGACGUCCGGAAUUUCGUACCGGUGUCGGAGCACGAUAAGAAGGUUUCACGGGUUCUGGAGGACGUGGCACAGGAGAAAGGUGUCGAGCUGCUUCAGGUCGCCCUGGCUUACGUUUUCCACAAGUCGCCGUAUGUGUUUCCUAUUAUCGGGGCUAGGAAAGCUGACCAUGUCCGCGGUGUCGUGCCGGCUCUUGGGCUUUUUUUGACCCCGGAGGAUAUCCAGAAGAUUGAGUCUGCUUAUACUUUUGAUCCUGGAUUUCCGCACACUUUCCUGAGUGGUACUAUUUUGUUCGGUAAUGAGACUCCGAGAGGUGCCUAUGAUCCCAGUGAUAUGUGGUUGACCAAGGCACUGGGAACUUUUGAUUGGGUUGAGGACCCAAAGCCAAUUGGGCCUGUGGAUGGAGGAAGUAAAUAGCUAUAAGGGUUAUCAGAAUGUUACUGUUUCAUGUUGAUAUUAAAGAAAUGAACCGUUAUGCUUGCUUGCUGG